AUGAAUUUGCAUGAUCUUCAUCUGUCUGUCAAUCUUCCUGUGUUCACAUGGAUGUAUGUGGAGGGUGUGUGGUCGAACAUGAAAGUCCUAUUCGUACUUUUUGCCAUUUUCUUUGUUAUCUCCACUGCUCUGCCACAGUAUAACCAUCAACGCUUCCGAAAGAGUCAAUCGCAAGUUGCAGAAGAUACGAACAUUCAACCGUUCAUUCGUUUCCGAAAAGCCUUGUACGGAGAUUGGCUGCAACCCAUGGAAAUGGAACAGUGA